AUGUCGAAGCGCGCGCUGUCGCCGGCGCUGUUGCCUCCUUCGAAGCGUGUACAUGUCCCGCCAAAUGACAAGCGUCACGUCUCCGCACCGGAACGGACAUUCGAUUCCCUAUUCUUCGACGAACUCAUCCUUAACGUCUUCUCGUACCUAUCAUACGCCGAUCUUUGCGUGGCGCAAGGCGUGAACCAUAACUGGGCUCGCUUAUCUCUCGACAACCAGCUCUGGAAGAGCUUGUACGUGAAGGAGUAUGGACGACUCAGGCUACGCGGUGGCCGGGGCUCGGCCAAGCGCCCAGACGGACGGGAGAUCAAGCCACUACCUGGAAGGGCCGCUCAGUUCUUAGCGCUCGAAGGGCUCAAGGACUGGAAAUGGAUGUUCAAGAUUAGCAGCAACUGGAGGACAGGACACUGCAGCGUAUCACAUCUACAAGGAAGUCCUGGUGUAUCGCCAGUAUCAACCAGCAUCUUGCCAGUUACGUCCUACCACGCUCCAGUCAACAUCACCAAUCUAGUCCUGUCCGGCUCGACGACCAUAUAUGCAUCUUCUGAGCCGUCACCUGCUCCCUCUAUCCAACUCUUUGGGCGUACGCCCAUUCCCAUAUCAUUCCCAGCAGCUCCCGAAAGACCGGAUGCAUACGUCGCCGUCACGGCUUUAACCGUUGAUCAAUCUCAUACAACCAUUGGUCAUACUCGAUAUGCCGUCUGUCUGUCUAGCGGCGAGCUUGCAAUCCACAACCUCAAGGACGGUUCGCUCGCACCCACCAUCGAGCAUUCAUACACCCCACCGGCCCCAUCUAGACGAGUGACGCCCAUCAUUCAGGUCGCCUACCAUCACCCUUUAGUUGUCACUCUCUCCGAGAGCUUCAGUCUAUCCGUGUAUAACGCGAGUGCGCCGCAGAUCAGCCUCGUGCAUUGCUUAACGUCCUUCACGAGCUUUCCUCCCGCUUCACUUGUCCUGACUGCGCCGUCGUUGACGUCAUACAAACUCCUCGUCUCCUAUUGUUGCCCUACGUAUCCAAGGCAUUGGAGCGUCGGUAUGACAGAGGUGCUCAUACGCUUGACAACCGCUUCCGCGGCUUUCGAACUGCAAUCCACCCGAUCCAUCAAGGCAUUGGACAUGCCCGUUGGCUUCAUCGAUGAUGCGAAGAUGGAGGCGCUGAAGGAACAAUGGGGACGCAAGGUUCCCGCCGUUGCCGCCACGCAGAGCGACGGGAAAUGGGUCGUGUUGGCGCCGACGGAUGCGCCCUGCACUGAAUGCGCAUUAUCAUCCGCGACCUUCUCGGUGACAUGCAAUCACCCGGAGCGGCGUGCAUGGGCGCCGACGAGCCUUCCACUCCAACUCUAUCGCCUGAGCUUCCCGUCUUCAGGAUCGUCAACGGGGUUGAACUCGAAGCUCACCUUCGUGCGUCACCUGUACGGCCAGACUGCGCCGAUUGCCAGUCUAGCGCUAGCGGAUGGACGCUGCGUGGGCUUAGGGCUCGACGGCAGCGUGUGGACGUGGGACCUAGAGGGGGGUGGACUAGGUGUAGAAGUAUCUCCUCCCAUCACGAAAGGCGAUUCGGACGAGGACGAUGCGGUACGGUACGCUCGUCUACGCGAUGGGAUGAAGGGUGUCGUGUCCUUUGACGAGCGUAGGAUCGUGACCUCGGGACCUAACGGCAUCAUUGUGCGCAACUUCGAUACAUGA